UGCGUCACGGAGUGGAAAACCCGGAUGUGCCGUUGCUGUUAGCGACGCAGUCGAAGCAGACUUCAAUUCAUAUAGUUAAAAAUAUAAAUAAUAAUAAGGCCCAUCGUAAUAUGAGUAAUUGACUUGUCAGACUCUCGCUUCAAAGCGAUACAAGGUCACUACAAGUCUUCUAAUUAUCAAAAAGAUGAGUGGAGCAGCCCUGGGCUUUGAAAUUGUGGUGGUGUUUUUUCUGGCAUUGUUUCUGCUGCAUCGGUAUGGGGACUUUCGUAAGCAACAGCCUAUGGUAUUAUUUGGCACACUUCUUGCCUGGUACCUGUGUUUCCUAAUCGUCUUCAUCUUACCUUUGGACGUUAGCACGACAAUCUACAAACAAUGCAUUAUUGACCAUGAUCAGAUUGCCUCUGGUCCCACUGUUGGUCAAUUCCCAUUCACUAACACAACAAGAAACACAUCUGUCACAUCUACAAAGAGUCUGAAACCAUGCUACAAACCAUGGAGUUAUAUUCCUAAUGGGAUUAUGCCAGUGUUCUGGAGAGUGGUGUACUGGACAUCACAGUGUUUGACAUGGUUGCUCCUGCCUUUCAUGCAGUCAUACGCUCGAUCUGGAGGCUUUUCCAUCACUGGAAAAAUUAAAACUGCACUGAUAGAAAAUGCAAUCUAUUAUGGGACAUAUUUGCUGAUAUUUGGCUCUCUGCUUAUAUAUGUGGCUGUUCACCCAGAGUGGCAUCUCUCCUGGUAUGAACUACAGACCAUUGGUAUCACAGCAGCCAACACAUGGGGCUUGUUUCUUCUGGUGUUGUUGCUUGGAUAUGGAUUGGUAGAAAUUCCUCGCUCUUACUGGAAUGCAUCCAGACAUGGACACAUGCUCAUCAAAACAUAUUUUAAGGCAUCAAAACUAAUGACAGAAAAAGCUGAUGCAGAGGAAAACCUUGAAGAUGUUAUGGAGGAGGUGAGAAAAGUAAGUGAAUCUAUAAAGUACAACCAUCCACUGAGAAAGUGUGUUGACACAAUACUCAGGAAAUGCCCAGUUGACUAUCAGGAGAAAAUGGGGAGAAACAUGGAUGACUAUGAAGAUUUUGAUGACAAACAGAACACGUACCCCAGUGAGAAGAGUCUUGUAAAACUUCAUAAACAGGUGAUUUAUGCUGUGCAAAGGCACAACAGAACACGUGUGCAGUGGCAGAUCCUCCUGAAGCAAGCCAUUCAUUUGGAAGAUGUGGCCAAGAAUGAAACUAGUUCUGCCCACCAGUUUGUUCACAGUUUUCCAUCUUCAGAGCCAACUGGAUGGUUUAGCCGAUACAUGUACACACCGACUGUCGAAUGGUACUGGGAGUGUUUUCUGAAGCGCUGGUUUUAUAGGCUGUUGUCUGUCAUCUUGACUAUGUUCAGUGUAGCUGUGGUUUGGUCUGAGUGCACUUUCUUCAGCACCCGCCCUGUCCUUUCUCUCUUUGCUGUCUUCAUCCAGCUGGCUGAAAGAGACUACAAUUACCUGUACAUUGAGAUGGCAUGUUUCCUCACAAUUUUCUUCCUCUGCAUUUGUGUUUACUCCACUGUGUUCCGUAUUCGAGUUUUCAAUUAUUACUACCUGGCCCCACAUCAUCAGACUGAUGCCUACAGUCUUCAGUUUAGUGGGAUGUUGUUUUGCCGUUUAACUCCUCCUCUGUGUCUUAAUUUUCUUGGAUUGAUUCACAUGGAUUCAGCAAUAUCGCAUCAGCAGAAAGAACAGACUGCAUACACCUCAAUUAUGGGAUCCAUGCAUGUUCUCAAUUUUAUUGCAAAUGGCUUCUAUAUCUAUUAUCCCAUGUUGAUUUUGAUCCUGUGCAUUGCAACAUACUUCAGUCUUGGAACUCGUUGUCUAAACCUUCUGGGCUUCCAGCAGUUCAUGGGUGACUGUGAAAUGACAUCUGACUUGAUUGACGAGGGUAAAGAGCUUAUUAGGAGAGAGAAAAGAAAACGACAAAGAAUUGAAGAUGGGGAGAACAGACGAAGAGAAUGGAAGGAGCGUUAUGGCAAUCCAAGAGAAGAGUAUACUGCAAAAAACAUGGGCAGCCAUGAAAUGAAGGAAACCAACUACUCAGACACUGUCAACCCCAGCACAAACAGGCAAGCCAAGUAUUCCCGGGGUGCUAAUCGGGCAGAGAAGGACUGUGUUGAACUGCUUCAGGAUGCAGAGCCUUUAGAUUUUAAUGCAGAUUCUUUAACAGAUGACCCACUUGAUACCGACACUGGAAGGCACUUGGGUGGACGGUAUCUGUCCAUGUGUUCAUCUCGUAACAGGAUCUUUGAUGAUGUCUAAGGAGGUGAAUCAUAAAUUAUUGUACACAUCUGCCUUUCUGGACAGAGGAGAAAUUCAAGUGAAUGUAUUUCAGUGCCCCACCUCAGGUUACAUAAUAUAGGUGUUCACUUGUAUCAAAUGACUGCUUUACACUCCUGAAUAGUCAUUGGAAAGUUACAGCUAAAGUAUACUUUGAAUAACUGACUAAUCCAUCUAUUAAAAUAUGCAUGAUUAUGCUUUUCAAGAACAGGAUCAUCUAAUGUUCUAUACCAGUUUGAACACCUUAAACUGCAUGCACGUUUUACUAAUUUGAUACAUGCAACAUGGCCAUAUGGGAGUAAGCAACAGUGAAAGAGGUAUUAUUAUUUAUUUAUACUUGGCUUAUUGUAUUGAGCAUAUGUUACAGAAAUAGAAAAUAAACUUAGACAUUCGUUUCGCACUGCUGUUUUUGUCACUGUUGGAAAGAGUAACUCAAAAAGUGCCAUUAAAACAGACUUUAACCUUACAUUAGAGUACACUAAUCCCAUGUUAUAGAGGGUAUGUAAAUGUGGACAUGUUUUGGUUCAGAAUCUGAUUUGUAUAUAUUUAAGGUGCAGAACUAAAAUCUAUGUAACUGGACUUUCCUGUUUGUAUAUAGCUGUGUUAAUGUACAAUUUAUCUUUUGUAUAUGACAUGAAUCAGUGGUUAUUUUACAUAUUUUUGUUUAGUUAUGGCUCUGAAAUUGUUAAUUUAAAUCUUAAUUACUGUUCUGUAGACUAGGUAACUUUUUCAAAACAUCUUUGCACUAUACACUGUCACCUCUUUCUUAUAGUCUGAUCAUGUAAUGGUGAAAAUGAAGUGUUUAAAAAGGAAAUAUGAUUAAUUAUUAUUUAUUGUUAAUAUUAAAUAUUCUGUAAAGGACAAAUAACAUGUGGUCUAGUGUUUGAUGUCUGCUGCUGCCACUAUUGUGUAAUAGAUAAUAAAAGAGCAUACAAUGCAAACAGA